GGAGCAGGAAGGUGCAUACAUCCAAUCAUCCACUAAGCUCCGGAUGUAGGUACCGCACCGAGAUAGUGUCCACUUGACCACCUCGCAACCCGGCAGCUCGCGCAUGCUUAUUCCUAAUGACGCAGCACAGCCGGAGCGUUGGGGACAGUAGAUUUUCCUGUGCCUGCCACUAAUGAAUAAUAAACGUAUAGCGCUAUCCUGGACCAGGCGACUAGUCCGAGGCUUCUGUGUGGGCAGUGGGGCUGAUGGGCCCGUUGAACACGGACUGGUGAACCAGACAGGCCCCAAAAAAACGAUUGUGGGUUUGCAAACGAAGAAACUUAAGCCCAGAGUAGGAUCAAUACCCCCUCAAAGGAAUCAUGCAGUGUCUACGGGAAUUCUGUGGAUGGUCAGAAGGUGGAGGGAGAGCAAAAAAAGAAAAGAAGAGAAAAAAAAAAGCAAAAAGGGACAGGCUCGACGGUAGAUCAACCAAGGAGAACCUGUUUUCCCCAACCCAUCGGUCCGGGUCGCAGC